AGCCGAUCACUUCAAUCCCCAUCCCAGACUUAACCAUGCUUAUCACCCGAUGCAGCCUAGACCCGAUUUCCGGCGGCACAUAUGGAAAUAUUUACAAGUGUAUAUACGACGGACCAGAGGGCAAGGCAGAGGUCGCCGUCAAAGCAAUUCGACUUCGGUACUUUAAUCCUGAGGUGAUGUUCUAUCUAAGGGAACGUCAGAUUCUCAUUAAGCUUCCUUAGAUGUUUCGGAGAGAGCUUGGAAUUUGGAAGAGGUUGCGGCAUUCUAAUAUUUUGAAAUUCAUGGGUACAACUUCGGGCUUUGGUCCCUCACUAGCUUUGGUUGCUCCAUGGAUGACCAACGGCACUCUGACAUCAUUUCUCGACCAGAAUAACGAGACCCUCGGGCUGCGUGACCGUCUGUUUUUGCUUCGUGACAUUGCUGCUGGCCUCAACUAUCUUCAUACAUUUUGUUUAACGGAAGACGGUCAUACGGACUUGAACCCGGUUGUUCAUGGCGACCUCACUGGUACCAAUGUCCUCAUCGAUAGUAAUAGAAAGGCCUACCUUGCAGAUUUUGGCCUUUCCAGAACUAUGAAAAAGUCGAUCGGCAAGACGUACCUCGCAAACAUGAGCUGUCAUCCAGGAGCAGUGAGAUGGACAGCUCCUGAACUUCUCUCUGGAGAAGAAUCAGCUUCUGCAGCCACCACUCAAAGUGAUAUGUACUCCUUUGGUAGCAUCAUGCUCCAAGUUUUGACGGGACAUAUCCCUUGGUGGGACUUGGCCAAAGACACGGCAGUCUUGCUGAAAGUGAUUGGAGGGGAAAUACAUCCUCGUCCGAAUAUCUGUUAUGUCACUGGCCAGCAAUGGGAUUUCAUGACCUGUUGCUGGUCUACGACACCCAUUGAUCGUCCUCCUGCUGAGGAAGCAAUUCAAUUUGUGGAUAGCGCUUUGCACCCGAGCACGAGCCCCGAGAGCCUGACGUGCAGAAUCUGCUGGAAGAAAUGCGACGAGCAGCCCAAUGCAGACGGCAGCUGCCAAACAUGUCUUCGUUUUUGUCUACAACUUCUUGGUCGGGGCGCAAAACGUUCAGAAUGGCUACGUGUAUGUUAUUUGUUUACAUCAUUCCCUUAUCAUUUGACUUACUAUAUUUUUUAAGGAAAGCAACAAGGUCGUCGAUGAAAAUUUU